AUGGACAAGACCACUCCAGAACAAAUCGAGACUGUGUCCGCUGAGCAUCUCGAAGGUGCACCCCGGGAGAAAUGGCUUUCUGUUACAGAUGCGCAUAAUGCCUUUACUGCAGAGCGAUCGGCUGGCAUUUGGGAGUCGAUGAUGCAGCACAAACGUGCCGUUCUCUGGUCACUCGUUAUCUCGACAAGUAUCAUCAUGGAGGGUUAUGAUACAGCCCUGAUGCCCUCUUUCUUUGGGUAUCCUUCCUUUAUCCGGAGAUACGGACAGUAUUUCCCCAGCAUCAAAGAAUAUCAACUCACCGGAGCUUGGCAAGCUGGACUCGUCAACUCUUCCAACGCCGGUGUUAUCAUUGGCGGGUUUAUCAAUGGUUGGGCCUGCGACAGAUAUGGAUAUAAACGGACCAUUUUGGUGUCUAUGGUAGCCAUUGCGGCAUUCCUAUUCGUCACUUUCUUCUCGCCUAACGCCCAAGUGCUGGCAGUUGGCCAGGUUUUGUGCGGAUUGCCUUGGGGCGUUUUUGCAACCAUUGGACCGGCCUAUGCUUCGGAGGUCUGCCCUCUGGCUUUGCGUGGUUACUUGACUGUCUACAUCAACGUUUGUUGGGCUACUGGCCAGCUUCUUGCCAAUGGCGUUCUAAGAGGACUUGUCAAUAAUACAACGCAGUGGUCCUAUCGUAUUCCCUGGGCAAUUCAGUGGGUCUGGCCGCCGUUCCUUUUUUUUGCCUACAUCUUCGCACCAGAAUCUCCCUGGUGGCACCUCAGGAAAGGUCGCCUCGGAGAGGCCGAGAAAAGUCUCCGCCGGCUUUCUGACCGAUCAGAUGAUGAAAUCAGGAGCACACUGGCACAGAUGACACACACUAUUGAGUUAGAGAGGGAGAUCCAGUCCGGUAGCAGCUACUGGGAUUGCUUCAAGGGCGUUGACUUGCGACGAACGGAAAUUUGCUGCUGUGCAUUUGCGACGCAAAUGCUUGCCGGCGCGCAGUUUGCUUAUGGACCCUCGUACUUCUUCGAGCAGGCCGGGAUGACACCCGAAAAUGCUUACAUGGUCGGAAUUGGAGGCACCGCUCUAGAGUUCGUUGGCACCGUGUUCUCAUGGGGUCUCUUGACAUUCUUUGGGCGCCGCACAAUCUUCCUGACGGGUAUAUCCUCGCUCACUGUGAUUCUCUUCUCUAUCGGAAUUAUUUCUGCCAUCACCAACAACACACCAGCCAUGUGGGCACAGGCAAGUCUGUGUCUAAUCUGGCAGUUAGCUUAUUCUUUGACGAUUGGGCCUCUGGCCUACGCCAUCAUCUCCGAAACAUCUGCCGUCAGACUUCGAGCUCAAACUGUUGUCCUGGCGCGAAACACAUACAAUCUAACGGCCAUAUGGUGCGCUGUUCUGGAACCGUACAUGAUGAACCCGACGGCAUGGGAUAUGAAGGGAAAGACGGCCUUUGUCUGGGGUAGCACGGCCGCGGUCAUGACUGUUUGGGUGUUCUUCAGACUUCCCGAGUGCAAAGGACGCACAUAUGAGGAACUGGAUCUCUUAUUCGCGAAGAAGGUUAGCGCCAGGAAGUUCAAAACAGCAGUCGUUGAGCCAUACGCAGACGAAACAGACGUGGUUCAACUCUGA